AUGAGUGUGGUCAGAGAAUUACAUGGACUGGGGUUCCGGGGAGGAGGGGGGGUGAUGUCCUCUCUGAGUGGGCCUGCCCACUUCACUGAGGAUGCUCCUAGACCUCCAGUGCCUGGAGAGGAGGGUGAUGUGGACCCUUCUGCUCCGUAUGCUCGCCCUAAUGCCCUGUCCCAGAGUAUCAGCUUUCACCCCCCCUCAUCUAAACUGGACACACCCUCGUCCUCCUCUGCCACGCCCCGUCGCCCUGACCUGGACCUGGGCUAUGAGCCAGAGGGCUCUGCCUCUCCCACUCCUCCAUACCUGAAGUGGGCCGAGUCACUGCACUCCCUGCUGGAUGACCAGGAGGGCAUCCAGCUCUUCAGGAACUUCCUGUGUCAGGAGGGCUGUGCUGACCUGCUGGACUUCUGGUUCGCCUGCUCGGGCUUCAGGCAGAGCAGCCAGGAGAAAAGGGCCAAGCUUGCCAAGGUUAUCUACAGGAAGUACAUCAUAGAUGGCAGCGGCAUUGUUUCCCGACAGAUCAAACCAGCCACCAAGAGCUUCAUCAGGGACUGUGUGGGCAAGCCCCACCCAGACCCAGCCAUGUUUGAGCAGGCCCAGACAGAGAUACAGGCCAUGAUGGAGGAGAACACAUAUCCCCUGUUCCUCAAGUCGGACCUGUACCUGGAAUACACGCGCACCGGAGGAGAGAGCCCAAAACCCAAUCCCAGCGACCAGAGCCCAACAUCAGGCACUGUCAACACUGUGCCUGGGUACUUGCCCACGCUGGCCGAGAACGAGGAGUGGAGGUGUUCCGGGGCGCAGGAGGCCGAGGAGGACGGAGAGGAGGAGUGCGACACUCCGGCUAGUAGGCUCACACACAGCCUGCUAAUGCAAACCGCCCCCCAGAGGGCAGUGGUGAACCGGAGGAGGCCAGACACCAGGGAGUACAGGCCCUGGAGAGAGCCAGUGAAUCCCUACUAUGCCAACCUGGGCUACGCUCGCGCCCCCGCCACCAGUGCCAACGACAGUGAGCAGCAGAGCAUGUCCAGUGACGCAGACACCAUGUCCCUGACCGACAGCAGCAUAGAUGGGAUUCCUCCAUACAGAUAUCGAAAGCAGCAUCGAAAAGAGAUGCAUGAAAGUGCCAAAGCAAACGGACGGGUGCCCCUACCUCAUAUACCUCGCAUGUAUCGCAUGCCAAAGGACAUCCACGUGGAACCGGAGCGCUUUGCAGCCGCCCUCAUCAGUAAACUGGAGACAGUGCUCCGAGACCGGGAGGCUCAGGAGAGACUGGAGGAGCGGCUCAAGAGAGUGCGCCUGGAAGAAGAGGGCGAAGACGCAGACAGCUCCGUGGCCGCAUCCAUGUCCUCCCACAGCAUACCACUGUCCGUGCCGCCCACCUUCCCCCCUCUGUACGGAGCCCGCUACUCUGAGACCACGCCCGCCCUGGCUCCCACGUACGGGGGUCUGGUGGCCUUGGAGGACUCUCACGAGGACGACCCAGAGUCCAUCCUGGACGAGCACGUUCAGCGCGUCAUGAAGACUCCGGGCUGCCAGUCCCCGGGGGCGGCCAACAGCACCUUAGGACGCCACAGUCCUCCCAAGUCCUCCCGCUCCCCCGAUGGAGGCACAGGACCGCCACACUUCCCCCUCCACCGCGGCCUGCCUGCUGCUGGGGCCAAAGGUCUGCAUCACAAACAAGCAUAUCAUCACCGAGUCAGAGAGGCACAAGAGGAGGUGGGCUCUAGGACCCAAGCCAACCUGUGGAAUGGAGAGGGCGGCCGCAGCCGAAACUACGCUGACGGAGCAGGGGCCGCCAGUCUGGAGGGCCUGGGCUACAGCAGUAAAGGCAGCACACUAUCACGGCGAGGCGCUAAGAAGAACGAAGCCUCGGGUAAAGGGGACGAAAGCAUCCGGGCUGCAGAGGCCCCUGUGCCCCCAGAGGACAUGGAGAGGAACCAUAAGAUCAUGCAGUGGAUGAUGGAGGGAGAGGCGUUGAGGCACAAGAAGAGCUCGCACGGUGGAAGCACCAGCGGCUCCAGGAGGACCGGCACCAGCAUUGAGUCUCCGCGGCCCACCUCAGUGGAGCGUCCCGGGGCUGUGCACCCGUGGGUGUCUGCACAGCUGCGAAACAACCCGUGCUCUUCCCCCGCCCUGCCUUCAGCCACGGGACAGGUCCAACCCUCGCAUCCCUUCAUCCAGGACCCUGCUAUGCCCCCCAACCCCGCCCCCAACCCCCUCACGCAGCUGGAAGAGGCCCGGAGGAGGCUGGAGGAGGAGCGGCGGAGAGCGGCCGUGCAGCAGGCCAAGCAGAGGCACAAGUCGGCCAAGCGUGUGGAGCGCUGUGAGAACAUGACGGUGGCCUACUACUUCUGCGGAGAGCCGAUCCCAUACAGGACGUCUGUGAAGGGGCGCGUGGUCACUCUGGGCCAGUUCAAGGAGCUGCUUACCAAAAAGGGCCAUUACAGGUUCUACUUCAAGAAAGUGAGCGACGAGUUUGACUGCGGUGUGGUGUUUGAGGAGGUGCGGGACGACGAGGCUAUCCUGCCCAUCUUUGAGGAGAAAAUUAUCGGCAAAGUGGAGAAAGAGCCUCUGGCCAAUGCCCUGGAGGAGCAUUACUCAGCCAAAGAGCAGAGCAUGGCCCCCGCUGUGCCUGGUGUAGGGAGCACCUGUGCUACACUACAGACACACUUUGUGGUGUCUCCCUACUGCUUUCAACGAGAAUAA